AUGAUCGAGAAGCUCAUGAAAAGAAAUGAGUACAAUCAUCUCGCGAAGAAGGUGCGUCAGUAUGAUGAUCUCGAAAAAGCUUUGCAAAGUAACGAGAUGGAGGCUUUGUACAACUUGUGCAUGAACCAUAAUCGUGAAAACAGAGCGAAAAAACAACUUUCGGCAGUCAAGCCACUUUUACAAAAGUAUGGAUCCAACAACUUGCGGAACGAUCUUGGUAAUCUAGCUGAGAAUGAUGGGUAUAAUCAGCAAAUGAUAAAGCAUCUUUCGCAAGAGAUACGACGGAAAGAGUGGCUAAAAACAAAAAUGUCGAUCGACGAAGUUUUUGAUCUGUUGCACUUCGGCGACGAUCUUACUACUGACAUACAAGCUGGAAAAUUCGACGAGCUGAAGGAGUACAUGUUAUCGCUUGGCCGCAAAAAGUAUAAAGAUCAAGUCAGUGACCACGUCGAUGACGAGCUUGUCAAGUUUUUGAUAAGUAAAUUUGGUGGGGAUGGAAACUUUGUGAAGCAAAUGAGUAAAGCAAAGUUAUCUGGAGUAAACGACGAGAGUGUGAGUGGUUUGGAAUCAGCAUUAUUUCGCACGUGGCAUGGAGAAACAGAGCUGGCGGUGUGGAAUCGACUUCAAUUUGGCAACGACGCACUUGAAGCAUUGACAAGCGGAAAAGUGGAGAUUGCUCAUAAAUACUAUACUGAAAGCGGUUCAAGUGAAAAUUAUAUUGCUAUUGAUUAUUUUCAAACUUCUUUUCCAAUACCAAGAGUGACAGUGGCACUUGCACUUGCGAAGCUUGAGCCUGCCACGAGUGAAUUUGCGACGAUGAUGCAGCACGAGCAAAUCAAAUUUUGGCUUUCUAAAAAUCACGAUACAUCAGUAGUUUUUGAUUUUUUGAAGUUCAGCAGGAAUCCCAUGAAUAGAUUUCUAGAUGUCAAGCUGGAAGCUUUGAGCUUCUACAUUAGUCUCUUGAAUCCUACGCAACCCUAUGUAAAGGCAGGGGAUUUGUGGGAUCUAGCACGCCUGGCUGUCGGAUCAAGCAUAGAAAACGACCCAGCAAGGUUGUUACCGUGUGACAUUCCACUCUUAGAAUUGCUUUUUGGAAAAUGGAGGUCCAGAAACAUUCCAUCAGAUGAACUUUACGAACAAAUUCACGGUGGCAAAAUGGCUGAUGCUGAUUAUACCGAUCAAUCAGUAGUAGAUGAAUACAAGAAUUUCGGCAAAGUUGAUGGUAGCAUAGUCAUCACGUCUGUCCCUUUUCCGAGGCGCUCUUAG